UUUUCGAAGUCUGAAACUAAUGGCGGUCUUCCUGCGUGUGACCUGGAGGGAAGAUUAAAAUUAUCUGCACUUCACCGACGAAUUAGAUCCUGACAUGUACAGUGGCUAACAGCAUAAGGUUUUUCAAAGGCCGCUUUGUUUACGAAGAUGGCCUGGCUGCUUGGUGCAGGUGGGAUAGCGGCUCUUGCAAGUUAUGUCUAUUCUAACUGGGACUGGUACAAAAACAGUGCACGGCCUGAUUUAGCUUACUUAAAAGCCAUUAAACUCAAGACUUUAGACGGAUCAGGAAAAGAAGUGAUGGCAUCUGACCUUUGGCAGAAUGGUGGAGCAGUCAUAAUGGUGGUGCGACGGCCAGGAUGACAAUUGUGCAGAGAGGAAGCUUUAGAGCUGUCCUCUCUGAAACCUGAYCUGAACCAGAGGGGUGUAAACCUUGUGGGUGUGGUUCAUGAAGAAAUGGGAGUAAAACAGUUUCAACCAUACCUAAAUUCUACAAUUUACCUUGAUAAAGAGAAAAAGUUUUAUGGUCCCGAGCAAAGGUGGAUGUUUCUUAGUGGUUUUUUACGACCAAGUGUGUGGAAAUCAUUAUUUCGAGCCAGAGGGAAGGGAAUUGAGGGCAACCUGAAAGGAGAAGGACGGCUCCUGGGUGGUGUGUUUGUGGUAGGACCUGGAGAGCAAGGCAUAUUACUUGAUCAUAAAGAAAAAGAGUUUGGUGACAAAGCUGACCUUCAAGCUGUUAGAGAUGCAGUUUUGAAAAUAAAUUCAAAUAAUUAGUUAAAUGAACUGUCAUUAAUAAGUAUUAAUGUAUUUAUUUGAGAGCAACUAGAAGGAUUAUUUUGUAGAAUAGUUUGUGAUUUGUCAUUGUGGAAAAUAACACUUUCCAAAGAGAAAUAAUUUUAUAGUCAUUUGUCUGAUGAUGUAGUCACUGCAGAUGUGGAUCCCAACAUUUCAAAUGCGAACAACUUGACGGAUAUAUUUUUUUAGAUAAUCAAUUGUGAUCACAUAUUUGUUAGAUGAAAAGCUACCCUGCCCAUGUUAUUUUUUACGACUACUGUUGUUUUCUUUCAAAAGUUCCCCUCCUUCCACCCUACCUUGGGAACCACAUAAUUUUCUUGUAUGUGAUUUAUUGUGAAUCAAGAGUGAUCAACCUAGCUAUGUAUUGUUAUGAAAAUUUGUUAAUGAAGAUGAAGCAAGUGACAGAAGAUUGGAAACUUAAAAAACCCUCUUGGUGAUCUUCAUUGGUCUUGCUUAUGACAGCUAAGAUUCAAUUGACAUUUUGUUAUGAUCUUAGCUAGAUGUUAUUGCAUUGCAAGUGAUGAAGUCACAAAAGAGGCAAUUUUGUUAGUAACAUGGUGAUAAUUUAGAAAUGGUACAGAAGAAAUAAAAUAUGAAAAUUUUCUUUA